AUGGAUCAAGACACAACAGGCAGGCUCGAAGCUGAGGGCGGCUCUAGUCAACUCUCGCCAGCAUGGUCGUCCCGAGCAUUGGCAAGACAAAAACUUCAGAUCAUCUCGUAUGGCCACUCGAAUGGCCCGCUGCAGAUCCCCAGCGGUACCGAGCAUCUCAACUUCUCAGUGCGGGAUAUUGAGAAUCCACCUGUCAGAUUGAGAAGAACCCAUACAGGGCUUUCAGCUCGUCUGCGCAAGGAGGUCAUGGCUGGCUCCUAUGCUAAAGAACGACUUGCAAAUAUCUGUACCAUUGUCAAUGAUAGAAUGGCAAAAAUGAUAAAUGAGGACAAUUCCAAUGCUCUCGUUGUCGGGAUCAUGUGCGAAGAGGGAAAACACCGGAGCGUCGCCUUCGCGGAAGAGCUGUCAAGGCAGAUUGAGUCUCGAGAUUGGGAUAUUGAUGUUCAGCAUCGUGAUCUGGGUAUCGUUGGCAACGAAGAUCCUGGAGAGAUGAAAACUCUUCAUUUGGAUAGACCAAAUCUUCCAUCCGCGAAGAAUUUCAACUCCAUAGGUCGGAAAGGAAAGAAGCAGCGUGAUCAAGAGAGGACGCAAGGUAGGUUGUCAGCGCAAAAAUUCGUCGGCGGAUAUUCUGAGGACCAUGAGGAUGGGGGUUGA